GCGUUCAAUCGGAUCUCUUUUGAUAGUUUGAAGGCGAACUAAUGCCAAUGCCCGCAGCCCAGAAGCCUAGAAGCAGUUCAUGUGCGCUCUACGGAAAUGAGUAAUGCGAUUGAUGUGUGCACCUCACCUCCACGACGAAGGUGUCCUCACAGCGCUCACGUCCUAUCAUUUCACACCUACAGAUACGGGAACACGGGCACACGGGCUCUCCUCACCGUCGGCCGGCCCAUCCUCAGGUGAGAAAAAGAGAGGGCUAAGAAGACACCAAGGCCAAGAGAGACGGUCUGCGACUGUCGUGAGAAGAGGCAAUGAUAGGCACCUGGUGGUACGAACAGCUCAGCAGAGCUUCGCUUUAGGGCAAGUCGGAAGCGCAGAGCUUCGGCAAGCCGCGAAGGGCAGAGGUGAGGGUGUUGGAGGGGGAGAAAAGGAGGGGGUGAGUUGAAAUGACGGCAUGGGGGUCACCGACGCAGGCACGGGGGUUUAGCUGUGCUGCACACACUCUCUUUUCAAGAGAGAAUGCACAGAAUGGACG